GAGCUCCUGCAGAGAAUCGGGAACCUCUCUCGGUGUGGAAGCAGCAGGGUUCUGCUGGGUUCUGCUUGCAGGUCCAGCAGCAAAGGAGCCUUCAGUUCAGCUAGAAUCCCUGAGUCCUCCGGUGGAACCGUAGGGUUUCUGAUGGUCCAGAUCAGUGGUUCUGCCGUUCAUCUGCUGAGGCUGCAUUUCUGUCCCUGAAGGACAGGAGAAAGUUAGCGGAACCACGAAGAUCCCGGAUCCGUCUGGAGAACCCGUCCACAUGCAGGACAGACCAGAAUGACGUCGUCUCACUCUCUGAAUGAAGCUGUUUUGUUCUUUUUAAUGAAGAAAAAGUUCUGACUGAGCUGUUUGUAAUUGUUAAAAGCUGAGUUCACAGCUACGGUUCCCCUGUUUGAUCUGUCAGAACCGCAGAUGGAAGAAUCUGAGCAGAACCUUAAGAGCUGAGCGGCUUUUGGUCCCUCCUCUUCUUGCUUUUCCUGUUCUCUGAAGCCGGCGCUGAUCAUCAGAACCAGUACAUCCAACCUUGGCGCCGGGUUCUGAUACCUGCAGACAAGCUUCUAAAACGACCACCAUGUGGCUGUGUUCCUCAAAGCUUCCAGUGAUGUGCAUUCACCUCCUCUGCCUGCUGCUGCUCUUCUUCACUGGCUCCGUCACAGCGCCCCCUGUGGACGGACCACAAGCCCCGCUUAACACAACACAACCCAGCCUCUCCAAGAACUGUAAGAAUGAUUCGAUCUGUAAGAGUGGAUCAGCGGAUGGUUCAUCGCAAACUGGUUCUGAUGGGACCUCAAACCUCAACUACACCAGAACCUCCACUAAUGAGACACAACCUCUGCCCUCCCUAAAUUCCUCUUCCCCCCUUAAGUCCACCAAACUCGGCUCCAGCUUCUUACCUACAGCCACGCCCAGACAAAAUACUGGAGGACCUUCAUCACCCUUUGUGUUGGAACCUAAAACCUCCCCAAAGACUGUGAGCCUUAGGACACCAACACCAUCCACCAAAGCAACUUCAUCCACACCGUCUACAGCAUCACCAAAACCACCCUCUAUAGCACCAAAACCACCGUCUAUAGUACCACCAGCACCACCGUCUACAGUAUCACCAAAACCACCGUCUACAGCACCACCAAAACCACCGUCUACAGCACCACCAAAACCAUCGUCUACAGCACCAUUAGCACCACAGUCUACAGCACCACCAAAACCAUCGUCUACAGCACCACCAAAACCAUCGUCUACAGUACCACCAAAACCAUCGAAACCAUCGUCUACAGUACCACCAAAACCAUCGAAACCAUCGUCUACAGUACCACCAAAACCAUCGUCUGCAGUACCACCAAAACCAUCGUCUACAGUACCACCAAAACCAUCGUCCACAGUACCACCAAAACCAUCGUCUACAGCACCAUCAGCACCACCGUCUACAGCAUCUCCCACAGUAACACCUGCUGCUACAGUAACCAUUCCAUUUUCAUCAUUGGUACCUCAGUCCUCUGCACCCGUCUCUGCUCACACUGCUGCUGACAGCCACACGAAGCCUGUUGCCUUGGUAACGGUUAUGUCUGUGGUAGAAGCAGAGGGGCUCCCUCUGACCCGGCAGCUGGUGGAUACAGCGUCCUUGCUGGCCGUUCUGCUAUUUGGCUUGCUGUUCUUCUUGGUCACGGUGGCGGUUUUUGUCACACAGGCGUAUGAGAGCUAUAGGAGAAAGGACUACACCCAAGUGGACUAUCUGAUCAACGGCAUGUACACAGACUCUGGGGUGUGAGGGCAGCAGGGCGGAGCUCGUUCCUUUACUUUGAGCUGUUUAAGGUGGCAGCAGGUCAGGGGACACCCCUUCUGUCCAAACAGAUCCACCUACAGAGCUUCUUUCUUUCUGCCUUCAUGAUCGUGGAGAUUGUUGACUCUUAAUCAAUCCGCCAAGAGAAAACCAGCAAUUACGUGCAUGCAUGUAGAUUUUGGUAAAGCUCCCAUGGUGGCCCCGCCCCAUGGAUGUUUGGAGCACAAUGCCUGACCUCUGCGAUGCUUCUGAACCAUUUUCCAUUUAAAGAACAUUUCUGCUCACCUGCAGUUUUUGUGAAUCGAGUAUUUCAUGAGGAAGAUUCUUCUUUGACAGCAGGGUUAGACUUUAUCUCCUGCAGGCUGUUCACUUGAAGACGUUAACAGGAAUCCCCAACUGCACAAACCGGGGCUCCUUUUGUUAUUGCUGCUCCCAGGUUUUCACACACAUCCAGAAUCCUGCUGGAACUGAUCCUGAAUCAGUUCCAGUUGGCGGUGCACCACAAGGCGCCACAGGUUGGUGCUCCUGAGCUGCAGAGGUUCAGCUGGAGUUUCCGAUGGAUAAGCAGGCUAUGUUUUGGAUCCGGUUCUUCCGAAGCAGAGAUGGAUCCUGGUCUUAACUCACUCUGGACUGACUUCUGAAAGUGGACCAAAGCUCACAUCUGUUUCUGUGGAAUUGGGAUGCAGACCACACGGCAUGUUUGUGUCUCCUCCCACCGGACUUAAGUAGACUUAAGUUCCUCCAAAAGCUGCUCUCCAGACUCCGGGCUUGUGUUCAGAAGCAGCUGUUCUUGAACAGUGUUUGGGAGUCCCCAUGCACCUCUCACCCCCCAGGUCCGAUUUGUCACCGUGGAGCCUCUGAACUAACAGUAUCCAGUUCUUGUCACUGCUCCCUCUGUCCUCUUUGAUUGUGAUGUUUAAUGUUAAUAACUUACCAAAUAUUCACGUAAGCACAUCUUGAACCAACAAGCCAAGGGAAAUAUAAAGCCAUUAUGAGUUGAUGACAUUGUUUUUUUCUUUUUCUAAUCUAAAGAGUGUUUACGUUUUUGUAAAUGAUGGUUGUGGAGGUGAAUGACGUGCAGAAAAACCUGGUGCCAUAUGAAAAGCAAUGGAGCUUCCAGUGGAUCUAAAUGUUGAGGAUCCUGAAGCCCGGCUGGUGUCCUGGAUGUGGAUUUGUUGUCAGGAAGCAGGACGGGCCUGCUUUGUGCCAAACUGAUGCACUUUGAUUUGUAUUCUGGAGAAAACAAUAAAGAACAAAAAGGAUGAUGGUA